UGGUUUGCUGGUAAACGAGGAGGGUAAAGGUAUUUCGUCUCUGGAGCAUAGUGCAAAGUUGUGCGGAACCUUACAAAGCAUUCCAUGUUUCCUUAAAUUUUCCGGUUGUCACACUGUGUAGCUCAAAACAGUGUGAGAAGGCAUAAGAUUUGUUUCGGUAGUAUAAUGAGGUAAAGUUCUGUCAGAAAUAUACUAAUGCAUUUAUUUGCAUGCUGAUCAUGAUUCGUUCUUUUACUGAAAGUAUAUAUUAAUGUUGUAAAGCAACUGUUACCUAAACGCAUUUAUAUUUAUGCAGAAGUAGAACGUUUGAUGGCUAAAGUUAGAUAGCUAACUGAGUUUGAUCAGGCAUGUAGUCAAAAGAAAUAUCGCCCCGUUCAACUCGUUUAUAUGUCAGUGUAAAUCGAAGGUCCCAGGCAUUUCUGAGGAAAAACUUGCUGGCUAUGAUUAAUGAACUGCAAUCUCACGAGCUAACAGAAUCUGUUGUGUUUGGACAAUGUGACUGCAGCCCAGAAGAAAUCAACAUACACACACAAUUUCCCCAGUGUUAGUCAAGUGCCAUCAUGUACAAACCAGCGUCUCCAUCAGUGGAUUAUACAGCAGAUCGCAAAUUUGCCUUUAACGUUAUACAGUCAGAAUCCAACGUUGCGACAGGACAUGUGAUAAGUGGCGACAGUACAAGUCCCAUAAGUGUCAUUCUAGUCAGUUCUGGCAGCCGUGGAAACAAAUUGCUGUUUCGAUAUCCAUUCCAGAGAGUUUCCGAAAAUACAUCUUCUUUAGCAAAUAAACAGCGAAGUCCCUACGCCCUUAACACAGCAGGCGAUGCGGCAGAUGAUCAAGAUGGUGAUUCAAGAGAACAAACUCCUCUAACUGAUGAACAGUUGGUAGCAGGGUUCUCUGAUAUUAUUCUCGCCACCGUCUUGGCUACCAAGUCUGAUAUGUGUGGAAAGAAGUUUGAGCUGAAGAUAGACAAUGUGCGCUUUGUGGGGCACCCAACCCUGCUGCAGUCUCCACACACCAUUCAGGUGUCUAAGACUGACCCAUCACCAAAGAGGGAGAUGCCCACUAUGAUCCUCUUCAGUGUGGUGUUUGCAUUGAGGGCCACCGCCGACCCGUCGGUCAUCAGCUGCAUGCACAACCUGUCGCGACGCAUUGCCAUCGCCCUGCAGCACGAGGAGCGCCGCUGCCAGUACCUGACCCGCGAGGCCAAGCUCAUGCUGGCCGUGCAGGACGAGGUCACUACCCUGACUGAGACGGAUGGGACCCCUCAGUCCCCCUUCAGGCAAAUCCUUCCCAAGUGCAAACUAGCCAGAGACCUGAAGGAGGCCUAUGACGGUCUCUGUACGACGGGAGUGGUCCGGCUGCAUAUCAAUAACUGGCUGGAGGUGAGCUUCUGUCUACCUCACAAAAUUCACCGAGUCGGAGGCAACCACAUCCCACCCGAGGCCCUGGAGAGCAGCCUCAAGGCCAUCAGGCCGUACCAUGCUCUACUGCUGCUGGACAGUGAGAAGGCCCUCCUAGCCCAGCUUCCUCUGGACUGCUCCCCAGCGCUGGUCCGUCUCAUCAAGACCUGCUCCGCCGUCAAGAACCUCCAGCAGCUCGCUCAGGACGCCGACCUGGCCCUCCUGCAGAUCUUCCAGAUCGCUGCUCACCUGGUGUAUUGGGGCAAGGCCAUCAUUGUGUAUCCUCUCUGCGAAAACAACGUCUACAUGCUGUCUCCACAUGCCAACAUUCGCCUCUACUCUCCUCUGGCUGAGCAGUUUGUACAGCAGUUCCCUGGCCAUGACCUGCCCUCCAUGCUGGCCAAGUUCUCCCUGCCCAUCUCCCUGUCUGAGUUUAGGAACCCUCUGGAUGCUCCCAUGCAUGAGGCCCAGCUGAUCCAGAUGGUGGUGUGGAUGCUGCAGCGGCGGCUGCUCAUCCAGUUGCACACGUACGCCUGCCUGCUGGUGCCCCCCAGCGAGGACGAGGACGACCGCCUCAAAGAGGAGGAGCCCCCCCUGGCCGCUCGUGUUGGGGGGCGCAGCCUCAGCACGCCCAACGCCCUCAGCUUCGGCUCCCCCACCAGCAGUGAUGACAUGACCCUGACCAGUCCCAGCAUGGACAACUCUAGUUCGGAGCUGCUGCCGGGCAGCGACUCGCCGCUCAACAAGCGCGUGACGGAGACGCUGCUGGCUAGCCUGACGGAGCAGGAACGCCAGGGCAUCCUCAGCGUGCCCGCCGCCCAGAGCCCCGAGGACCUGCGCAUGUUUGCUAGGAUGCUGCACUACUUCCGAGGGCACCACCACCUGGAGGAGAUCAUGUACAAUGAGAACAUGCGCCGCUCGCAGCUCAAGACUCUGUUUGACAAGUUCCGAAGCGUACUGGUGGUCACCAACCAUGAGGAUCCCGUCAUCUCAAUCUUUCAGUCUCCUCCGGAAUGAAGACACACACACAGUGGAAUGUGUAUCACUGCGACACAAUGUUUCAGUUCUCAAGCAUACUAGUCCCCAACACACACACACACACACACACACACACACACACACACACACACACACACAGUGGAAUGUGUAUCACUGUGGCAGAAUGUUUCAGUUCUCAAGCAUACUAGUUCCCAACUCACACACACACACACACAUACACACACACACACACUGCAUUCUGCAAUGAACAAUUUCAGUUUUCCUGAAUGCUGCUAACUCUUACUUCUGUUGGCUUACUCAACGCUCUCCACCUUGCCUUAUGAAUCGGGUAAAAUGAGUAUUAUGUUGUGACUGAAGGUGCUUGAUGUAUGAAGCCCAGAAAAUGGUGCCUUAGUCAUGGGGGUGUGUAUGAUCUACUGUAUAAAGACUAUGGCCCUGAAUUCAAUAUUCCCCCAUUGCUAGACAUUCACCACAAACGCUUCAUUAAUAAAUGAUUCAAUGGUU